GGGAGGGGCCUCGCGUGGGCCUGGGCUUCGCCGCGAGAGCCGCGCGGACACCCGGUUCAGCAUGGCCAGCUGGGUGUUCUGUAAUUGCUGCUUCCGGCCACCGCACCGGACGUCGUGCUUCAGCCUGACCAACUGCGGCCACGUGUACUGCGACGUCUGCCUGGGCAAAGGUAGAAAGGGCGAGUGCUUGAUUUGUAAAGUGCCUUGUCACACACUUUUACUUUCGGAGCACAUGGACGCGGACAUCCGGGCGCUGUUCCUGGGCAUAGACGGCCUGUGUAGGAAGUACUCCAGAGAGACCUCCCAGGUUUCGGAAUUUCAAGAAAAGCACAGAAAGAGACUGUUGGCCUUCUAUCGAGAAAAGAUCUCGAAGCUGGAAGAAUGCCUCCGGAGGUCAGGGCUGCAGACGGAGCAGCUGCGGAGCACGAGAUUGUCACAACAGACCACUUUCAGCACGAUGAAAACUCCAGUUCUGACUCCCUCGGCGAAGCCCGGCGGACGCACGCCCCUGCCCCACCGCUCCGCGACCUCCGACAGGGUGGAGGCCAUGCAGGUCGACCCUGCGCCUUCCCCAGCGAGAAAACCUGAGGUCUCCGCUGGCCCGGCAAGAAUCUCGCUGAUCAGCCCACCGCAGGACGGACACAUGGGAUGGAGGCCCGAGGCUCCCUCCGUGCAGAAGCCUGGGAUCUGCCCACCCAGCCCGGCUGCCCUUCCCCUCUGCGCCCGCCGCGGGGGGCUGCGCAGGAACACCAGUCCUCACCGGCUUCUCUCCCUGGCGCAUGUGUCCGGAACAGCAACCCUCCCCAGUGUUUUCUGGACGGAUCAGCUAGUGUUGGGAAGGAGGGGCUGCCACAUGCACGUCCUCCCCCAGGCGUCUGGAAGGGACAGGUCCUCAUUGCUGUGACUGGUCCUGAGUGUCUUCAGCUUAGUCGUCUCUUGACUUUGACUGUGAAUUAUCUGUUUUUUCCUUUUGUCCUUCACGUGUAUGAAAUCCUCAAGAUGAAAGAUAGCCAUCUUUUAUCCAA